AUGUCGACGUUAGAGGAUCUCGAUGACAUGGAGCGCGAUGAGAAGGAGCAGAGAAAGGACGGCGAUGACAAGGACAAGAAACCUACGUCCAACGGCGAUGCCAAAGAUGCCGAGAUGAAGGACGCCGAUUCUAAAAAGGAUGAGGAAGAACAAUACAUCGAUGAUGAGAUUCUUCAGUCAAGUACUAGAGACAUCAUCAACCGGCGGCGACUACUCGAAAACGAAAUGAAGAUCCUCAAGAGCGAGUUUCAGCGGUUAAAACACGAGGAAACCACAAUGAAGGAGAAGAUCAAGGACAAUUUGGACAAGAUCGAGCAAAAUCGGCAAUUACCAUACCUUGUGGGCAAUGUUGUCGAACUCCUUGACCUCGACGUCGAAGCUGAAGCAGCCGAAGAAGGAGCAAACAUUGAUCUCGACGCCACGCGGGUGGGCAAGUCGGCCGUGAUCAAGACAAGUACUCGACAGACUAUCUUCUUACCUCUGAUCGGUCUGGUGGACCACAACAAACUGAAACCUGGCGAUCUCAUUGGUGUCAACAAGGAUUCGUACCUCGUCUUGGAUACGCUGCCCGCUGAGUACGAUUCCAGAGUGAAGGCGAUGGAGGUCGAUGAGAAACCGACAGAGAAGUACACCGAUGUUGGUGGAUUAGAUAAACAGAUCGAAGAGCUGGUGGAAGCGGUGGUCUGGCCGAUGAAAGAGGCAGAGCGAUUCAAAAAGAUCGGCAUCAAGGCGCCUAAGGGUGCGUUGAUGUAUGGACCUCCCGGCACGGGCAAGACGCUCCUCGCUCGUGCCUGCGCCGCCCAAACAAACGCAACCUUCCUGAAGCUCGCGGGUCCCCAACUUGUGCAGAUGUUCAUAGGUGACGGUGCCAAGUUGGUCCGAGACUGCUUCGCCCUUGCAAAGGAGAAGGCCCCAUCGAUCAUCUUCAUUGACGAGCUGGAUGCUGUCGGUACCAAACGUUUCGACUCCGAAAAGAGCGGUGAUCGCGAGGUCCAGCGGACAAUGUUGGAACUGCUCAACCAGCUUGACGGUUUUGCUUCAGACGAAAGAAUCAAGGUCCUAGCCGCCACGAACCGAGUUGAUGUUCUCGAUCCUGCCUUGCUUCGAUCUGGUCGUUUGGAUCGGAAGAUCGAGUUCCCCUUGCCGAAUGAAGAAUCCCGGGCGCAGAUUUUGCGGAUCCAUUCCCGAAAGAUGACCAUCGACGAGGGCAACAUCAACUUUGAUGAAUUGGCGCGGUCCACGGAUGAAUUUGGAGGUGCACAGCUCAAGGCCGUCUGUGUCGAAGCAGGUACGUCGUUGCUCAUCGUCCUUAUCUGGUGA